AUGGGAAAGAAGAAAAAGCCACGUGUCCGAGAAGAAAUACUCAAGCUGUUCGAAGUCUUCGAAGAUGUGGAAUUUCCACCGAUACCAAAUAUGUUACCGCCUCAAAAGUCGCUGAAAGAAAGAUUGCUUGAACAAGAACAAGAACGAAUUGAAGAGAUCAAAGCUUACGAGAAACGGUUUUCUGGAAAAUCUCAUAUUCCUGAUGAUGUUUUCAUGGCACUAGAUCGCACAUUCGGUGGAUAUGAAACUGUCAAUGUGGAGCAUUCCAACAUUUUCAAGGAAGAGAUGGAUUCAUUCAUCAAAACAAGCGAGCCAGAGCCUGAUCAGUUCAUGACGGAGCGUCCACGUAACGCAUUCGAAUCACUUCAUGAUCGACGACCGUUAGUAUACUGGCGCGAACAAGUGAUCAAAGGUUUCAAAAAUUCGAGUAUGAUUCUUGAGCGAUUUAUGGAUGAACGAGAUUUGGCAAGAGCUCCUAAUGCAACCAAACGAAUUGCAAAAGCGGAGUGUAUCAAUUUGCAAAUUAGAAGAUAUACUGCUGAAGAGGUUAAAGACCGAUUACGACGCCAAGCUAAGGAUCCUUUCGGGCUCUUUUCUCUGAUUCCGCAUACGAUCAAAAAAUCGAACAAAAGUCAACAUGAACGGAAACAGAUUCUUUUGGAUUCUUAUAAGGAUUAUCUUCAAGACUUCAAUUAUUCGGAAAGACCAGGAUGUAUCGCCAUUUCGAGUUAUUUGGAUAUUCAGAAACGAAGAAACGAAUUGAAAGAGUUCCUGAACUCUUGUGAAAGUCGGAAAACACCAGUUCGCUCUGUUUCUGUUCCACCAAAAAGAGUCAAAGAAAACGGACAUGAGAAAAGAAUUGAGAAGGAAAAAGACAGAAACAAGAGGAAAAUUUUAGAAAGUUCUGAUGAUGAGGUUAUCGUUAUUCCAAAGAAAGUCGGAAAGGAACAACGUUUGAGCAGGGAAAGUGGUCGUCUGAGUACCGAUAAUACUCAACCAAGUGCUGAAAAUGGUCGUCCGAAAAAAGACAUGAUGAAACCUCUUCCUGAAUCUGAAAUUUUCAUUCCGAAAAAAAUCUCCAAGGACCGCUCAAGUGUCGAAUUGGUUCGUGAAAAGAAGGAUAAUGUUGAUCCUUCGCUUGAGAGAAAAAGAAAGGAAGUUGAUAAAAGAAGAGAGUUAACACAGAAGCAUGAUCAGCAAUACUGUGAAACCCUGAAAAAGUCACAAGAAGAGCACGAGAAGAAAAUGAAAGAGGAAGAAGAAAAAAGGAAGCAGGAGACAAUCAGAAUGAGAGAGGAAUACGUUAGAAGACAACUGGAUCUUAACAAACGAAUGGAAGAAGAAAAACGUUUACGCGUGUUCGAAGAGCAGGAACGAAAGAGAGUCGAGGAGGAGAAAAAAGAAAGAAUCAGGAGAAAGGAAGAAGCUGCAGAGCUAGAACGAAUCAAAAGAAGUAUCACGCAGCUCAAAGAGCAAAGUUUGAGACAGGAAGAGGAAAGUGCCAAGAAAGUUGCAUCGGAAGAGGAUUAUCAGUUCAUUGUAUUGCCGGCCCCAAAGUUUUUCGAUGGUUGGAAGUACUUCAAAUGUAAAAAACCGGACGAUUGGACCCAGAGAAAAGAAAAAUUUUACAAUCACUUCAACUGGCCUCUGGAUGAAAUGCAACGUGAUUUGGAAAGAAGUGAAGCUAAAAAGUCAGCAUCGGGUGAACCUAUUCGAAUUCCUCACGAAAAUACUUCCACAACAAAAAUAAAACCGCUUUAUAUGCCAGCGAAAAAGAACCCGAACCUUUCUGUCGCCAUCAAGAAGCGUCCAACAUCCCCGAAGCCGUCGACGAUUCAAGCAAAGCCUGUCGAAGAAAUAAUUGGCGAGAUAAAACUGUUGAUGGCUCCCUCACGUAGGAACAUUGCUCAUAGUAUUUCAUUGAGAUCUCAAGAAGUAGAUUAUCAAGGAAUAUACUUGAACCGACUGAAGAAUGGUUACAUCUAUCCGUUUCAUUUAGCCGACGGACAGUACUGGCCAUUAUUUUUUACAUUGGAAGAUACUUCAGCUGUUGGCCACGUUGAAUCUCUCGUUGCUUGCAGUUCGUUUUCCGGAAAAUACGCUUCACGAUACCUCUUGACAUCCUCCCUUGAAGAUGACGAUCGUUCUAAAAAGUUUGAUCAGGCCUACAGCGAGAGUGACGGUGACUGGUUUGAGUAUUCUCAAAAACCCGGCAGAUUCAGUAACAGAAUCGGCUUCAAAGGACAUUACAGUAAAUCAAAAGAGUCUUUUGAGCAGCAGAAACAGCGAGCGAGAGAUCAAUUGCACGACGCGUUUGCUAACGAAACAAGAGAACAAGAUGAGUUCUGCAGAUACAUGGAAGGUUACAGAAGAGGAUCCGAUCGGAAUAGAAAAGAAUUCAAACAACAUCUCUCCACUCAUCUACGUCAACUUGUGAGAGACGCUCGACUCGAUGUAUAUUCCAUAAAAGAAAUGUUCCAUGAUAUCGAAGACGGAGUAACUGAUCAUCCAGGAACUCGGGACAGUCCGCUCGAAUUGUGGUGGCAUACUCAUGGUUAUAGAAUCUAUUUGCAUACAAGAGAUCAUGAGUAUGGUAUGUACAUGUACGAUGCUUGUGCCGCAUAUGAGAAAUUGUUGCCGCCACAAUUGAAUUCAGGAAAUGUUGAUAAAUUCAACGAAUGGUGUUUUACGCCGAUGUUGGCUUCUCUUCACUAUCAGAGUAAAUACAAACCUUUUGAUGUAUUUUCAUCAGAAAAGGUUAAACGGUUGUCGGAAAGACAUAGUAAAUAUACGGCACUAAUCAACGGAAGAAAGUUCUCACUGAGUCAAGCCGUCGAACUCUGUCGAUUGACAACUCUUGAUAAGUACCAAUGGACAAUUCUUCAUGAUCAACUUGUUUCCCAUUUCAGAGAUUUUCACAUCUCUGUAUCGAUUGGAGAACGAGAUGGAAUUGUUGUGGAUCUCGAGUUGUUAGAAGACGUGACGCGAGAAUUCGACUCUGUUGAUGUCGAUACUUCCUCUCUCAAUGGCUGA